CGCCGCCCGGCAGGCAAAACAACCGCUGGAACGACAGACGGCGUGCUGGCCGAUCAGGGGGGCGACGCAGUCCGUUCUGGGUAUCCAGCCAUUUGAAGCCAUGCUUCAAGCUCAUUUCCUCCUCCUAUCAUGGAUAUGCAGUGUGAGCUAUUUAAUGAGCGGAGUGCACUAUUGCAUGGCCUCUCAAAAGGGGCGGUCAGCUUGCCUUAUUCAACAUGAUAAGGCCGACUGUAGCCACCUCAGCCUCAAGACCAUCCCUCCCGACCUUCCUAGGAAUAUCACCAGCCUAGAUAUGUCUCACAACAGACUUGGGAAGCUUCCUGCUGCCUCAUUAGCUCCAUACCAAGGACUCCUCCACUUGGAUGUGAACCACAACAGCAUCACCAGGUUGGAGGAGGGUUUGUGUCAGACACUGGCACUGCUGCAGUCACUGAAUGUGGAGCACAAUGAAGUGUUUCUCCUGAAAGAAAGGGAUCUGAGCCACUGUACCAAUAUAACGUGGCUAAAUUUGGCUAGCAAUAGGCUGAAGCUAGAAGGAGAGCCCUUCACUGCCCUAAAGAGCCUGCUUUUCCUUGAUGUAUCCCAUAACAAACUGGUCUCGGCAGCGCUGGGCACUCGGCCCCAACUCCCCAACCUUGUUGCCCUCAUCUUGUCUCGCAAUGACAUCUCUACUCUCAACAAAGAUGACUUCUCCUUUCUUAGUGGUUCAUCAGACUUACGAAUCCUCAACCUAUCAUAUCUGCACCUGAAAACGAUUACAGCUGGUUGUUUCAAGUCCAUUGCAAGAAUACAAAAUUUAACAAUGGAUGGGUGCAAUCUGAGCCCCCAGAUUACUUUUGCACUCUCUUCGGAACUGUCUGGAACUGCCAUCAAGACCCUAUCUCUCCGGAAGAAUAUGCUGAGCAAGGUCACAAACAUAACCUUCAGAGGGCUAGAGAAAACCAAUCUCACCUUUCUUGAUCUGUCCAAUAGCAGCAUUAGUAAAAUUGAAGGAGAUUCAUUUCAGUGGCUGGAUUCACUGGAGACUCUAUUUCUAGAGGACAAUAACAUCCGCGCCCUGACCAAGUCCACAUUUCAGGGUCUCAGCAGUUUGAAAAAGCUCAACUUGAGACAUAUCUCACGUGGGAACAAACACGCUUCCUCAUCCCUAGCUAUUGAGGAUUUCUCCUUCAAACCAUUAAGUACACUAGAGAGCCUGGUGUUGGAGCAUAAUACAAUUCAAGGCAUCACAGAGCACACUUUUGUAGGCUUGACAGGUCUUCAUGAUCUCGAUAUGGGUUGGAGCGUUUGCACAACACUGAAAAACCUUGACAAUAACACAUUUGUUUCACUUGCAGCAUCACCUCUAAGAAAGCUGAACCUGACAGGCACAGCUAUCUCGCGUAUAGGCCCAGGAGCCUUCAACAUGUUCAGGAAUCUCACAGCUCUUUAUCUUGGCUUCAACUUUAUUGGACAAUUUCUCACAGGGCAAGAGUUUCAAGGCCUGGUUCAGGUUCAAGAAAUAUACCUGUCUAACAAUCGCCAAACAAUAACUCUGACCCCCACAUCUUUCAUCCAUGUUCCCAAUCUCAGAACCCUUAUGCUAGCCAAAGCCCUGACAAGCAAUUUGUAUUUGGAUACCUCCCCAUUCAGUCACCUGUCCAAACUCACCUUUGUGGACCUCAGUAACAACAACAUUGCUAAUAUCAAUAAAAAUGUCUUCGAAGGACUUGCUGACCUGAGUGUACUGAAGCUUCAACACAAUAACUUGGCCCGACUUUGGAAGAGCGCAAACCCAGAUGGUCCAGUGUUGUUUCUGAAGGGCCUUCGGAGUUUAGCUAUCUUGUAUAUGGACUAUAAUGGGCUGGAUGAGAUUCCUGUGGGGGCUUUCAGUGGGUUGGGUAACCUUCGUGAACUAAACCUUGGCAACAACCUCUUGAACAGUCUUAAGGACACAGUUUUCGAUGGCCUGCCCUCGCUGCAGGUUUUACACCUGCAGAAAAACCUCAUAACAGCUGUGAGGCCAGAAGUUUUCAUGUCACCUAUGCGCAACCUCAGCAUGCUGUUUAUGGACAGAAAUCCUUUUGACUGUACCUGUGAAAGCAUUCUGUGGUUUGUAACAUGGUUGAAUAAAACCAAUGCUAGUGUUCCCUAUCUCAGAGACAUUUACAAGUGCAACACUCCGCUAGCCUACUUCAACCACACCAUCAUGGACUUUGAUCCACUGUCCUGCAAAGAUUUGAGCCCAUUUCAGGCCCUUUUCAUACUCAGCAGCACUGCUGUCAUUUCACUGAUUAUGACUGCACUCCUGGUACGUUUUCAUGGUUGGAGGAUUCACUUCUAUUGGAACAUUCUGAUCAAUCGCACAUUAGGUUUCAGCGACGCCAAAGUCAACGAGGGACGGGAGUUUGAAUAUGACGCUUAUGUCAUCCAUGCAGAGGAGGACAUCAAGUGGGUGGAGAAAAGUUUGCUCCCUCUAGAAAAUGAAAAGUGUGCCUUUUGUCUGGAGGACCGAGACUCUUUGCCUGGCAUGUCGCGGCUUGAAUCCAUCGUGGGUAACAUCAGACGGUCCAGAAAAGUCUUGUUCGUCGUCACCGAAUGUCUCCUCAAUGACCACUGGUGUAGACGUUUUAAAGCCCACCAUGUGCUUCACCAGGUCAUUGAGGCCAGCAGGGACUCUGUGCUUCUGGUCUUCCUACAGGAUGUGCAGGACUACAAGCUUUCUUGCUCGCUGUACCUGCGCAGGGGCAUGCUGAGGUCUCGCUGCAUUCUCCACUGGCCCGUCCAUAAAGAGAGAGUGGCUCUGUUUCACCAGAAGCUUUGCAUAGCACUUGGCAUGACUAACAGACUGCAGCAAUGAUCAAAACCCAUUCUUAAUCAUGCAUUAAAGUACAGGCGAAGUAACAUCUCUACUAGAUUGCAAUCAGGUUGUUGAAAACAGAGCUUAUUCUGUGAUACCCAAACUGGAUAUCACAGAAUAAGGCAGCAGUGCAACAAAAUUAGUACAUAAUAUAGUAGUAGUACACAAGAUUAUGAAGACAGUCAGAAUCGAGAUGCUGCAAUUCUGGACAAAAAGACCAGUUCAUAAGACUUUUUUUCUUUUUCUUUUUUGCCUCUCACCGCCACAUCUCAUUGGUUGCAUUUGAGGAAUAGCAGUGUGCAAUAUUAUGCUUAGGUAUGGAAGUUAUAAGUUCAGUGAGCUGAGCAGUUCCUGUUAUUUACUGCAAAAAAAAACCAACUCUCAAACAUCUGCAACUCCCCUGUAAAUUCAUUUAUUUUGAUUACAGAACUACACUGAAAUAACAACUCAAUUUAACGAACAAUGUAAAACAUGGAUGCAAGCAUUCUUGAUAUGCUAGCACAGUCUGCGAGUAAAACACUUCACUGACACACGUGUAACCACACUCAUACAAACACCACCAUCAAAAACAACAGCAACAAAAAUGAUUGGACUUAUUGUGUAUAUAUUUUCACUCUGUCAUAAUUCAUUUUUUAAGAUAUUCUUGUUCAGUUAAUCAGAAAGUUAAAAAAAUGUGAGGUAUAUAAAGACAAUGUACUUUAGGAAAACAUCAAAAUGAAGUGUUUGUACUAAGUCAUGUACUGAAUAAUCAGAAAUGGUUGUUUUUCAGGAUGAAUGUGAUCUCUUUCAUGAUAAAAAUAGGUUAAUAAUAUAGAUGCAAUUUACAAUCCAAACACAUACAGACCAACACAAACCUUUCAUGGAAACAUUGUUUACACUAAAUUAGCUGCUCAGCUUUUAUCCUGAAGCAUUAGUCAUCAGAUUGCUGAGCGUUAACCUGCAUUUGAAGUUAUAAAUGUAUUAGUGACACAAAUCUGUAAAUAUUCUCACAAAACAGACCAAAGAGUUCUGUACAUAUCGAAUAAAAAUGGUUUUAAAGAUAUAUUUUCUAUUAAGGAAGAUUGUA